UUUCCACCAACUACAGAUACAGUAUAGCCAAGUUUAGGUAACACUUUUAUCAAACACUGGAAGUCAAUAAUCGCCUAAAUACGCAGAGUCUCACCUACUGUUAAACUAAGAAUAAAUUAACUAAGGUGCACCAUGUAGGAGUAAUUUUAAACACAUAAUGUAGUUCUUAUUAGUUUAAAGUUUCAUGUUUCUAGCUUUUUUUUCACGUACUUGUCAUCAUACGUGGUACAGCUUGCUGUGAAAUGCUUUAAGAACUGUCCACUUACAUGAAACAAUAGUAGUAUUAAAGUAUAGUAUAAAGGUGUGUGUAUUCCCACUGAGCUAACACAUUUUUCGACCAGUUUAGAUAAUGCUAUCCCCUGACUACAUAAUAAAUCUUUUCUGUAUUUAAAAAUGUAAAAGUUUCCAUAAUCAGACACCCUUUUCAAUUAUCAAGUAACUGUACAUACAGCUCUGGAAAAAAAUAAGAGACCACUUAAAAAUUAUGAGUUUCUUUGAUUUUACCAAAAAGCCAUCAAACCAAGCUAAACCGCUUAUAUUUUUUGCACCAGGAGUUGCAUAAAGUUAUCUAAAAGCAGUGUGUAAGACUGGUGGAGGAGAACAUGACAAGAUGCAUAAAACUGUGACUAAAAGGGUUAUUCCACCAAAGAUUUCUAAACUCUGCAUAUUUUUUCAUUAUUUUGAGAAUUUCUCAUUUUCUACAAAUAAAUGCUCCAAAUGACAAUAUUUGUAUUUGUAACUUGGAAGAAAUGUUGUCCGUAGUUUAGAGAAUAAAACAACAAUGUUCAUCUUACUCAAACAUAUACCUACAAAGAGCAAAAUCAGGGAAACUGAUUCAGAAACUGAAAUGGUCCCUUAUUUUUUUCCAGAGCUGUAUAAAGGAGCCCAGCACUGGACUUUGAAGAAGAGAACCUAUGUUCUGUGCAGGGACAAAACUUGAUUGUUUAACUAACCACCUCUAGACUCCAGUGUUUCAGAGCAUAAAAGCCAACAGGAUGUUUACAUGUACAAUACAUUAUGUGUAUUUAUAUUUUGUUAGUAUAAUUAAUUAAUCUCCCUGUGCUUACAGGAGCACAUUAUGCACAUCACUAAUCCCUAAAAAAUAUGACUGUGCACCGAGUUAAUGACAUAAGUCUCUAUUACCAAAAGCUGCCCUUUCAAAGAAUGCCAUUUUCUAUAUAAAGCUCUGUCUAGUCGCAUCAAGCUAUUACACUAAUCCCCUCGAGGCUUGUUUUCCUAAUUAAGCAAACAGCCCCGACUCUAGAGGAAGCAGAACCUGCAGUACAGGACCGGAGCUCAGAUGUACCUUUGGCAGAACAGGGUGUUUUUACUGAUGUAACGGCAAAUACUGGCUUUCUGAUUGGCACUGUGGGUCACUGGUGGAGGAUAUGGUGGUGCCAGCAGCUUUGCAGGCCUCAUGUCUUCAUAUCUAAAGUGCACUGGAGGUGUGGUGUUAGUAUUUGCCACCUCAGGGAUCAAUGGGGCAACACCAGCAGGAGCAAUUCUUUGCAUGGCAGGUGUAGGAGGUAAAUAUAGAGCCUUUUGGCAGAUUUCCUUGAUGAGAAGAGACAUCCACCAGGAGAAGUUAUGGGCUGUGGAGUCACAAAAGGAGGUGAAUUCCAUAAACGAUAUGAUAAAGAUGGGAAUAUCAUCUCAGUUAGGAUCUCAGCUGCCAUAACAAUCCGAGCUGCAGUUCUGAUCCAGCGCUGGUACCGGCAGUAUGUGGCCCGCAUGGAGUUGAGGCGCAGAUACACCUGGAACAUCUUCCAGUCCAUAGAGUACGCCGGACAACAGGAUCAGAUCAAGCUGUAUAAUUUUCUUGGCUAUCUUGUGGACAACUUCACACCCUCAAGCAACGAAAGAAACCUGAUCUCCCACAUCUUCAGAGAAAACGAAGUAUGCCGUGAUAUAGAGUGGGAAAGAUUCUUCGACUACAGGCAUAUCGAAGUGCCAGACAUCUACUCAGGCCCAAGGCUAACUUUUCCACUGAAUGCAGAUCAAGCUGCUGAUCUCGUAGAGGCCUUCCGAAGCAAACAACAGCUCCACUCUCGUUAUGUUCUACAACUUCUUGGGGAAACAUGGAAGCUGCUCAGAGUUCUGCCAAAUAUCAACCGAAUCUCAACCUGCCAUAGCAAAGAAAUCACAAUAUGCGGUGAUUUACAUGGACAGUUAGAAGACUUGCUGCUAAUAUUUUACAAGAAUGGGAUGCCAUCUAUGGAGAAGGCGUACGUUUUUAAUGGAGAUUUUGUAGACCGAGGCAAGGACUCCAUUGAGAUUCUGCUCAUUCUGUUUGCCUUCCUGCUGGUGUAUCCUGGAGAAGUUCACCUUAAUCGAGGAAACCAUGAAGAUCACAUAAUAAAUCUCAGGUAUGGCUUCACCAAAGAAGUGCUGGGCAAGUACAAGAUGCAUGGUAAACGUAUCCUGAAGCUGCUGCAGAAGAUCUUUAGCUGGUUGCCCUUGGCAACUGUGAUUGACCAGAAAGUGUUAAUAGUCCAUGGAGGGAUCUCGGACACGACUGACCUGGCUCUGGUGGCCAGAGUGGACAGACACAAAUAUGUAUCUUCUCUAAGGCCUCCGAAAAGGAGGAUUAGCCACUCUGUCCGGGCUUCAGUGGACUCAGACAUGGAUGAGGACUUGGUGGGCUCAAAGUACAGCAUUCUGAACAGGAGACGAGCCUCUCUGACCUAUGCCAGGCCUUUCCCUGCCCGCGAGAGCUUCCAGCAUCGCUCCUUACAGGACUUCUCAUCCACCGUAGCACGGACCAUGGAAGAGGAGUUGGAGAUCCGGCGCAGGCAAGCUGCCAUGACCCGCCCCGGAUACAGCAUGUCCUGUAGAAACCUGAAUACGUCCAUGUUAUCUCCGUCUUCAUCUGAUUCACUUGAUGCCUUUGAAAAUGUCCAAAAUGAGUGGAAACAGAUACUGGACUUGCUGUGGAGUGACCCCAUGAUCCCGGAUGGCUGUGUCCCCAAUGAAGUCCGAGGUGGAGGCUGUUACUGGGGUCCCAACGUCACUGAGGAGUUUUUGAACAAACACAGCAUGCAACUCAUCAUCCGCUCCCACGAAUGCAAACAAGACGGAUACGAAUUCUGUCACAACCGCAAGGUCCUCACUAUCUUUUCCGCUUCUAACUACUAUGAAGUGGGCAGUAACAGGGGGGCGUUCGUCAGGCUUGGUCCAGACCUAGUGCCUUACUUCAUCCAAUACCAGGCCAACAGCAUGACCCGGGAGAUGAGCGUCAGACAAAGUUUGAGACGAACAGAGCACUCAGCGCUGAAGGUCCUGAGGGAGCAGCUGUUUGCGCACAAGUCGGACCUCAUGAGUGCCUUUCAGCAACACGACAAGGAGAAUACAGGCCUCAUCUCUCUGAGUGACUGGGGCAGUGCGAUGAGCCAAGUACUGCAUCUGGACCUGCCCUGGAGAAUGCUGCGCUCUCAGCUCAUCACCACCACCACCGACGACAUGCUGGACUACCACAACUGGUUCCGGAACCUCGCCAUAAAAGAGAAGAGCUAUGAGCAUAUUGAGCAGACCUUGUUGGACACGCUUUACAAGCACCGUUCCACACUGGAGACCAUCUUUAGGAUAGUGGACACAGACAACUCAGGCUUCAUUUCUUUCGAGGACUUCCGCCAGACAUGGAAACUCCUUAAUGCCUAUUUGAAAAUGGAGAUUUCUGAGGAAUCCAUCAACGACUUGGUGGUCAGCAUCGACACAAACAAAGACGGCAAUAUAGACAUUGACGAGUUCAUGGAGUCCUUUCGACUGGUGGACAAGAACAUGCUUGAAAGAGGAAAGAGCCUAUUCAUGCGGAGGUCAGAGGAGUAUGAUGGACCCCAGGAUGAAACCACAAACCAACCCCCACAGACUCCCACAAACAAAGAAGGGGGAUUUCUUGCUCCUCCGUAACCGGUGGUUCACAACAGUGGUUCAUAUACUCCUAUACAUAUUUUACCUUUACACUUCUAUGUGGAUAAAGGUUCAUAGUGGACAUUCUGCAAACACAGGGAGUUUCUUCAGGAACUUUAUAGACUUUUUGAAUGCAAGUUCAUGGUAGGAGUGCACGGCCUGGAACUAUUGCACAUUCAGAUGCUUUAUGGAUCCUUCUUAAAUCAAAUGGUUUAGUGCUUGGGUGCACUCUGUGUCAAGUACAUUCACCAUAAUCUACAGUAACAGGAAACCUAUUAGAUUCCAUUUUUUCCAUCGAAGUUAUUUUAACUUUUUUUUUGUGUGUGCGCAUCUAAAACUAGUUUUGGACCCUAAUUCUGCAAUUCCAUUUAUAUUCUCUGCAUCAUUGAAAUUCUGAUUAAACCUUAGAACCCAUUAAUACUUUUGUUUUUUGAAUGCUUUAUAUUUUUUGAGUGAACAUACUCUGGGAUCUCUGCAAGAUUAAAAUUAUUUUUUGUUUUCUAUCUGAUUUUCUUCACAAUUUAGCUUCCCCAACUAUCCCAUUAACUCGCCCUCGCCAAGGACCACUAUAACUUGCAAUGCCCCCAAUGUUAGUAGCGGCAGGUCAAGCAUAUGCCUCCUUUGAUAUGUAUGUGACGUCAGACACAUUUUUUGAACAGCCACCUAUGCAGGACCACGAGGCAGCCAAUGCACCUGGAGGAAAGCGCUGGUUGCCCAUCUUUGAUACAUCAGCCAACAGACAUCUGAGCUAACCAACAUCACACAGAGAGAACAAGGAGAGAAGGAAGAAAAUUGUGUUCUCAAUUGUGCCGAUUUUUUCCUCAGCGUUAAUUAAUGACCUAGUGAAUGAAUCUAAAGGCAUUUAGCAUUUAAUUUAAUUUAUCACAAUUUCUCAGUCCACAUGUCCACCAUAUAAUAACAUUUUUAUCCUUUGUGCACAAAGCAAUAAACAGUAUCUAUGAGGUAAAGAUGAUCCUUUGACUAAGGGUACAUUAUUUGUUGCCUACAUAUUUGUAAAUAUAACAUAUACAAUAUAUUUUCAUUACCUUAUUAAACAUGCUAAGCAUGUAUUCUUGUCAUUGGUAGGUAGAGUAGGAUGUGUUUUAUUACAGUACUACAGUACUAAUGGAAAGCACUGUGGUCUCUGAAUAAACAGGCGCACAUCGUCAGCGAAUAAAGUUUUGUGUUAUUAAUCAUAGAAAUUAGACUCGCGUUGUCAGGUGGAGAUGAUGAUGCCCCCAAGGUGCUCCCUUAUAUUCUGCUUGAUGGCACUAGACUGUGCAGAAGAUUUGGGCACACUGCUGAUUCAAUCAGGAAGUCUACCUCUGAGAAAUGUUUACAGUAGAGAGCAGGAGAGCAGGAUUUCUUCUUUUUAAAUGAUGCAGCAUUGUUCAGCAAAAUCUAAUAAACUGGCAGGAGAACAAG